GUGGACUAGCUCGUCCUGUCAAAAUGGCGUGCUGGAAUGUCUGCCGCCCGACACUUCUGAUUCCGUAUGGCUUGAAGAGUAUCCUGGAAUGUGUGUGUCGAGCGAUAAAAGUCGAGGAGCCACAGCAUAUACAACAGUUUAUCGCUGCGUAUUGCAAGGACCUCCUAGAACACAGAAACCACGCUCCUUCACACGACCUCCAUCAAGUCAUACAUCUUUAUCAGAAAAUGCGAGAACGUGGCCAAGUUAAGACGAAAAGUUGGCGAGCUUCUCCAGACCAAGCCAUGUUACCUUGUGGGGAGCCUGCAGAGAUGUGCCAGGACCUUCCGAGGACUAGGUCAACCAGUCUUGUUAGCUGCCGUCUUGUGGAUGAUGCCUUGGAUGUCAGUCAGCGGACAGAUGUUCAGCCCUCCCUGGCACAGCCUAAGAGUCCAACUACCCCUGAUGACCCUCCUUUAGCUAGGGUUCAAUCAGCAGUCUUCCAGAGGGUUCCAUCAAGAAGCGACUUCUCUGAGGCCCAGGGAACUGUUCUCGUUGAUUCUGCAAUGGCACCUCCUGCCGAUGUCAUCGUAGUUCACGGAGAGAACCUUCCAGAUGCGAUAGUGUUCCAACUUGACAGCCGCCCAACUUCAGCCUCCUCUGUGAGGUCUAGUGUCACCAGGACACCCUCUGUGACUGACUUGGAGGAGACAGAGGGGUGUAGUCUCGAGAUGGACUCGGGUGGAAUGGUGGUGUUUGAAAGAGUUCCGUCCAAGGAGGAUUGUCUUCCUCCGCAGCCGGCAGUGGAUGCAGAAGCUGUUGAGCAGCAGAAUUCAGAGACCAUAGACAAGCCUCUCAUCCCAACAGCACAAGAACAGAACUCAGGGAAGAUGGAGGAACAAGCAGAAACACUGAAAAUGGCAGCAUCUCUGGAGUCAUUUAGGAUGACUGGUAUAUCAUCAAAACGAAGCCUGGUCAAAGUAUUCUCAGCACAUUUCUUGAAAACUGAGGAUAGUGUUGAUAUUAAAGUGGAUGACCAGUCAGAGCAAUCAGACAGAGACAGAUCACCAAGAAUAUCUCCAAAGACCUCUAUAACAGUCAUAGAAUGCCCAGUUCCAUCUGAACCAGCAAAAAAUGAGAUCACAACAAAUUGUGAUGCUGAAAGUCCAACUGAACAACAGGCAACUGACAGUGCAGCAAAGCCUGGUUCAUAUCUGGUGAGCUCGAAUGAUCUCGCUGACGUGUCCGAAAAUAAACCAAAACCACUGAUGGCAAACACUGUGGGCAGGUCUGAUUCAGCUGACAAAUUCAAAUCCAUGGCGAUACAACUGUCAGAAGAGUGUUUAGCGGAGGCUGUGGAGGUAUUGGAAGGUAACAAAGAGUCUUCUGAAAGUCUACCAAAUGAUGGAGAUACAACUGAAAGAAACACUCCUCCUAGGGUGUAUCCAGAGAGAGUGGCUGAGUCAGACUAACUUCCACCAUCUCAAGGUGUGACCGAUGUGGAUGGAGUCAUGAGGCAGGCAGGUGAAUCACAGGAUGUCUAUCCAGACCCUUCUCAUUUAGCAGAGACAGCUCAUACCGUUAUGCCUGUGUCUGGAAGUGUGUCUCCUCUCAGCACUGUGGAGAGGGAAGGGACAGUAGCCCUGGAGCAAGCUGUUGAGGAAACUCCCAUUAGUGCUGCUGUUGCUGGGGUGACAGUAUCGCCAGCUGAGUGCUCUGGCACUGAGAACACUGAAAGAAGUGAAACCGUUGACAUCCACACAUUGGAGAAUGUGACGUCGGUGGGAAGUCCUGUUCAGCUGAACCUGAGUGAGAUGGUUGAUGCAGACCAUUUGAAUGUGGUCAAGGACAUGUGUGAGCCUUCGGCAUUCGACAACUCUGAACUUCCACCUUUCCAACAUCAACCUGAGGAAACAUCAGACUCGGUAGUUGAGCACAUUGGUCUGACAAGCACUGCUGACGAGGAUGAUCUGAAUGCAAGCAACACUGCAUGCAUCUCAUGUGAGACAGUUUCACCACUCUGCACUGCCCAAAGAAAUGAUGAGACAGUUCGAGAACCACCUGUUGAAGAUGCUCUCAAUCCUGUUACUGCAUGCAUCUCACGUGAGACAGUUUCACCACUCUGCACUGCCCAAAGAGAUGAAGAGACAGUUCAAGAACCACCUGUUGAAGAUGCUCUCAAUCCUGCUACUGCAUGCAUCUCACGUGAGACAGUUUCACCGCUUUGCACUGAACAAAGAAAUGAAGAAACAGAAGUUCAUGAACCAUCUGUUGAAGAUGCUCUCAAUCCUGCUACUACAUGCAUCUCACGUGAGACAGUUUCACCACUCUGCACUGAACAGAGAGAUGAAGAGACAGUUCAAGAACCACUUGUUGAAGAUGCUCUCAAUCCUGCUAUUGCAUGCAUCCCACGUGAGACAGUUUCACCACUCUGCACUUUACAGAGAGAUGAAGAGGCAGAAGUUCAAGAACCAUCCGUUGAAGAUGCUCUCAAUCCUGCUAUUGCAUGCAUCUCAUGUGAGACAGUUUCACCACUCUGCACUGUGCAGAGAGAUGAAGAGACAGAAGUUCAAGAACCAUCUGUUGAAGAUGCUCUCAAUCCUGCUACUCCUGUAGAAUCGGUAUUACCAGCUGAAAUUUCUGUAAGCGACCACACCAAAUGUCCGGAAAGAGCAGAGAAUGUGCUCCAAGAGGAUGUAGAGUCCGCGGCACCGAUAUGUUGUGGAACGUACGCCACAGAAAGGUUCGUUUCGGAACCAGCAGAGGAGAGCAUGGACAGCACGACCGUUGUCACCAGUUCCUGUGAGCAGAACAUGAGUGAGAUCACCGAGACAGCACCAGCUCCACAGACACUGGAGACAGAUGCAUCACCCACACUUUCUCCAGUCAUCUGUCCUGAACCAGAGGUACCUCAGACUGCAGUAUUGGAGUUGGAGCCUGUUUCACCUUUCCCUAUUGGGCUGGUCAGAGACGAGGCAACAGCACUGCAGCCGUCUGGUGAUGGAGCUUCUUGUGCCUCGUCUGUGGUUAAUGACGAAAGGAAUUCCUCUGACAGUGAAAUAGUCCUGUUAAAGAGUGGACUACUUGAAAGCUCCGAAACGCAAACCUCUGAUAGGAUUGAAACAGCAGGAAUUGUUGUCCCCAAGGACAUGGAGGCAGUUUCGACUGGAUGUUCGGGAGACAUCACAGAAGAAUCUCCAUGCCAGCCAGCAGAGGACAGUGUAGACCACAGAGUGUCCUCUCCCACCGUCUCCAGUCAGGAAACAAUGAAUGAAAACACAAGGACAGAUGAUUUAACUUUGGUCCCAGGGACGUCUGAUCCUGUGGUCGAAAUCUUAGAGCUGUCACCCCGCAAACGAGUCCCCUCUGCAGAGAGCGUGCUUACGGUCGAUGCACCUGCUCAGUUAUUCACCACUACUGGUACUACCACUGAGGAAAAUCCAAAUGUUCUAAAGGCCAUGGAUUCAACUAAUGUAGCUGUGGCUACAGUUCCCAGUCAGGAGGUGGACAUGAGUAGAUCCAGAGGAACAACAGACAGGGGGACUUCCCCUGGAAUUCCACCCAGAACCUCCUCUGUGUUAGGCUGUGUGCAUGCCAGCACUCAGGUCUCCUGCGUGAGUGUGGAGGAGACAGCCAGAGACACGCAGGGAGAUCAGAACCCUGCCUCAGGCAGCCAGCUCCCAGCCCCCCCCUGUGCUGGCGAUGAGACAACAGCUCCACCAACAAAGAGCAUACAGACCGAAAAUGUACAAGCAGAGAAGCAGCAACAGCACACUGAGGAUGCCGUGACUGGACGAGGAACUCCCGUCGACACCGUCCUCCAGAGCUCGGCCAAUCAGAUGUGGACUUUGUACCGUCUGCCCCACAGCAGCGACGAGGGCACUCUCUCCACCCAGGUCCUGUCCCAGCCGCCCUUCAACGGCAGCGCCCUCGUCCGAGCCUUCGGGCCCGGGCACGUCCUCAUGGCCGAGAGGUCUCCCACGCCCUCCAGUCACGACCUCCAACAGGCCCCUGGAUGGCCUCCGGAGAGCACCGUUCAGGCGGCUGACCACCCGCACCACCCACUGACCACCCCCUCAACUAAGGCCACCGCCACCGCCGCCGCCACAGACGCCGUUCGCCCUUCGGCGUCCCUCCCGGACACAGACACCGUGGAGAUCAGUCUGCCCAACUUCCUGUUGUGUGUCGACGAGCGGACGAGGCAGGCGACGGCUCUCCUGGGGGUCCCCGGGGGCUCCUCGCCGGCGGUGAGGGUGCGGCGAGACGACGCGGCAGGCGUCCUGUCCCUCUCCGUCCCCUCGGCCAGCCUCGGCGGCUCUCAGGGGGGCAGCGGUCAGGCCCAGUUCCUGCAGCUCACCACCGAGGACGGCCGCACCGUCUACUCGCCCGCCGUGGUCCGCAUCGCCACACGCCGUGCUGACCAGAGCAAGUAGAAGUGGGAGAUUAUACCCACCAAGAUGGACACGUGUUGACCAGACUGAGCCAACAGCCAACAGAACGGCCAAUAAAGCUGAUAUAGAUAUAAAUGCA